AUGGAACCGCUGGAAGCUAAAGGGAACACUAUGCGAGUUGAGGAGAGGCUUUCUCUUGGAUCUGCAAUCUUGACUGAGGGAAUAAUAAUAGAUGGCAAUCCAAGGUAUAAAGUCCCACGAGCAAGAUUGGAAAAGCUUCUGAAUUUUGAUACUUACUCAUCAAGUGUUUGGGGGAAGAUAUGUCCAAGGACUUCAGAAGUUUUUCAUGUGCAGAAUCAACCGAAUAUUUUGGUCAAUACUAUUGUUGGAGAUCUGGAGGAAUACCAACAUUUGGUUCCUCCACCAAAUCCUAAUGACAAGGACUUUGAAGUGGUUGUGCAACUAGUAAAGCAAAGUUAUAGGUUGAGCAGAACCGACUGGAUAAACCAAAGGGUAGAUAUUAUUAUUGCAUCUGAGAAAAUAGGGAUCCAGCAUGCAAGAAAGGCAGAGAAUAAAAGAACAACCGGUGAGGCUCCUCUUAUGACUCCUUGUAUGACUGACAAUGAGAAACUUGAUAAGAUAAUGAAGAUGUUUGAGAGCUUGAAAAGCAAAAUGGAGACCUUAGAGGAUGUUCUAAGGAUUAGAGCAGGCAGAGAUGUGAAUAGCAGAUAA